AUGGGCUGUGGGAAUUCCACAGCAACCAGCACGGCUGGAGGUCCGCCUGAGGCUGCCAAAGACGAGACUGAGGAGCCUCCUCCAGAGGAUGAGAAGAGGAAGAACUAUGGAGGAGUGUAUGUGGGCUUACCUACUGACCUCAGCAGCGUGACAACAGUCCAAACCCCGUCCACACAUAAAGAUUAACGAUGACUCGAUUGCUGGCUGCAGCACAUGUGCAGGUCUGUUCAAAGGGACGUCAGACUCAGCUGUGCUGUCUCACCAUAUCAGCAGAAAAAAGCUUUCGCUGAUUGAACAGGAAACAAUCAACAGCGAACCAAUCAUUUCUCCCUUCUCAGGGGACUGACAUAAGAUAGGCCAGGUGAGGUCACAGGGCCGAGAUAGCAGCACUGCAGAAGAGGAGCCAGGCUGUUCAACUUGUUCAGUUCGGUCCUAACUGCCCUUUUACACUGACCUAAGACCAGCCAUGCAGAAAUGUAAACUGUUACGUAUCUGAGAGCAGUUCUGUAGUAACAAGUUGUCACUAUUGAAACCUCAUGACUCUUUCCUUUUGUCUUUUCUUUUUUAUACACCAUUUGAAAAUGCCAGCUGCCCUUUACAGUGGGUGAACAUUUUUUGACGAAUGGGCAAAAGAAAUGGUCAAAAAUACUUGAAGUCUCUUUAUAUUACCGUACAUAACAGUUAAGAAUGUGUUUUUUCCUUCUCCUAUAAAGUUAUCUUUUCUGAGAUGUGAGGUUUUGUCUCAACAGUGGCAAAGUGCAAAACUGCUCCCAGAUCUGCAUGGAAAGGCCUACCAACACUUUCUCAGGACUUUAAUCAGAUGUGACUGACCACACACAUGAGGAAUAAUGAAAUUUCAAGCAAUUGGGAGAUUCCAACCCUAACCGUGAACUUAUUGGAUGUUCUGCCUUGACUUUGACUUUUUCUGUAUCUAAUUCAGUCCUUAAGAACUCCAGCUAUCAUCCACUGCCUGCCACAGCUUGU